CUUACUAAUUUAUACCAUCCCCUGUUUCAACCAUAUCUAUCUCUCUCUCUCUCUGAACAAAUUAACAAAAAAAAAGACCUUAGAAUUAUUUCAUGGCGAUCAGAAUUUCAUUUCUCACUAGAAGCAUUCCAGAGAAGGCCAACAGAGCCAAGCCAAAAACCAGAGCUCCAACGCUUAGAAAUGGCCAUCUACAGCUUGAAUCUGCAAAAAGUUCUUUGAAGAAAUUCGCUAAACUGAACAAGGUAUUUGAAGACAAGGAGAGUGGUGUAAUCUGUUACAGAGAUGAGAAUGGAGAAUUAGUCUGUGAGGGGUAUGAUGAAGGACCAAGAUUUACUUGGCAAAACUCGCAUGAAAUCAAGAGGCAAGCUAGAAGAUGCAGUGUGGAGAGGUCUAGGCUGGAACUCAAUGAAAUUAUCAACUGAAGAUCGUAUAGUUAUGGUGCUAAUAAGGAGAUUAACACUAAGUGGAUGAUUUGAAGUUGAUCUUUUUUUUUUUUUUUCCAGUUUAAAGAAAGGGCGAUGCUGAUAUGUAUGAUAUUGUUUAUAUGAAUAUGAUGACUAUUUAUUUAUAUCCAUAAGAUAAGAGGUUUCAUGAGCA